GGAUCUUCUCAACCCCUGCAACAUGCCGUCCAGUCCACCCUCACCCUUACGACUUUCUCACCGCUACAGUCGGAGUCGCUCAUCAAACGCCGAUAUAGACCCCAUGUCGCCAGUGACUUUCGCGCCCAACGGCUACUCCCACAGCUCUCCCAGAUCCCCUCGCAGCCCUCGCCUAUCCGCCCCGCCAUCCCCUGUUACCCCCCGACAACAUUACGCGCAGAGCAUGAACGGAUCCGUGAGGAUGUCGGGCGACUUUGGAGCAGCAGCAGAAGGGGGUGGAGGGCUGGGAAACCUCGCAGACGAAUUAGCGGACGCGUGGGAGGAAGACGACGGUGGUUAUGGAUAUGCAUCGGGGCAGGACGCCGCCCCAUCGGAUUCGCAACCGCUCGAACGCAUGACGACAAGAACACCUUCGCCUGGUUAUUUAUCAGACCGCGAUUCGCUACAGCCGCCCCGGCCGAGGUUAAGAAAUGGUACGAAUCGGCACCGGAGGCACGAGUCGCAAUAUGAUGGCUCUGACUAUGGGAAUGAUUCGGAUUUUGAGGAGGCCGCCGAUGUAUCUCCGGGGCUUGAGAACCAGAUGGCGGAGAUUGAGAGUCUAGCUCGGCGAGGUCUGGAAAACAAUGGAAGUGAAAGUGACCAUGUCAUUGACCGUGCGGUUUUGGCGCUGCAAGAUCUCGGGGUGCAGAGUGGGAUUGAGAACAACGCUAUGAGGCUCAUCACCGCGCAUUCCUCCAUCACAUCGCAUCUAACUCACCAAACACGGACCCUUCAAAACCUCACCCACCCUCUUCUCUUCGCGCCAUACCCUCUCCUCUCCGAGGAUGCUAUCGACGCUCUUAUUCCCCUCAUCGACGAGGGCCUCCUACCAAGCCUCCCUUACCCUUUCCCAGACCAACAACACCACUCCUCGCGGCCAAGUACUCCCUCACAAUCCGCCUCUAACCCGCUCACCUCCCUUCAAACCCUCAUCUCACAAACCUCCGAUAUCACCAUGUCUCUCCGCAGCUUGAGCGACACACUCUACGAAUCCCGACAACUUACCGCAACCGCAUCGCGGCGACUGCGCUCCGCACGAGAACUCGUUGCCGAGCUCCGCCGCGAAGAAGAAAGCCGCGAAGAGGGACACCGCUGGAUAGAGAAGGGCGACUGGGAUCGUCGGUUACAGGACCGCGAAGCAGGGCGCGAGUGCCGAGAUGUCGUGGACGGCUUCGAGGCUUUCUGCGGAGAGUGGAGGGAGAAGCUCUUUGGUGCUGCUGUCGGUUCAGAAGCCGUUGCUGCUUAA